AUGUCGAUACAUGCACCAGAGAUUCUCCCAAUGGGGACAGACGAGAAGAAACUCUCACACACCGAAGAGGGUUACAUUGCCUCAGACAUUGAACAUGGCACUACACUUCCCGCAUACGACCAGGAUGGACCGCUCGAGUUCGAGGAGAAGAAGGAUCUCAAGCGUGGCCUCAAUCAGAGGACUAUUCAGAUGAUAGCUUUGGCCGGAACCAUAGGAACUGGUUUGUUCCUUUCUUCGGGCAAAGCCAUCUCGAGGGCUGGACCGCUGGGUGCCUUCCUCGGUUACACCUUCGUUGGCUUCCUGUGUUCAGGAGUUGUCAUGUCCAUCUCGGAGUUGAGGUAA